CUCCCCCCAAAAGUCCCCCCAUCUGUCCGCAAGUUGUCUCGGCUUCGAUUCUUGAAAUUGUUAUUGUUGUUGCGGCCCUUGUAUAUCUCUUCCAUUUCAUUUCUUCUUUCUCACCACCAUUCUAUCAUUGUCCUUAUUGAUCUCUUUUCACACUUACCGUACCUUUCAUCUCUUCAGCUGCCUUUGACCAUGAUUUGAGACCGUGACUCUGAUGCUCCUUGAAUUGUGCGACACUUACAGCCCCCGCUGUGCUCUUUUCUCUCCCUGCCGGAAACCGCGACAAUGCGCGCCACUAACCUCUUUCUGAAUAACAGUUCAGGCUCCUACGUGCGCCUGCGCCUGAGUAAACCGCGAAGUCCAUGCUCCUUCCGUUCUUUUUCCAAUGAUCCCUCCGCAGCCUCAAGUUCUCAUGGAUUCUCAUCGCCUUAUAACCGGAGCGCUCUUCAAAGAAGUAAUGGCCAAUGCCUGAAUACGACUGACCAUGGGCUCUUGCUGCCCUCGUCGGCUGCACCAUUCUCCACUUCUUCACAACGUCCCGAUCCCGGCGACUGGGAUGUGAACCCGAAUCUGGCUAUCUCAGAUUUCGCGGAGUUGCCAUCAAAAGAUUUUGGCGUCAAUCAACAUAUGAUAAUCAACCAGGAAUUCAAGGAAGCUCUACGGCAAAUCCUGUGGCAAUUCCGUGCUCCUAUUCGGUACGCCUUCGCCUAUGGAUCAGGCGUCUUUCAGCAGACCGGGAGUGCCCCUGGCUCUGGUAAAUGUCAUCCCGCAGCCCCAACGGCUAUCAAGAACAUGCAACAGGGGAAUGGCAAAAUGAUCGACUUCAUUUUUGGCGUAUCCUAUACACAGCAUUGGCACUCAUUGAAUUUGGCCCAGCACCGAGAUCAUUAUUCCGGAUUGGGUUCUUUGGGCUCGUACGCGGUGUCGCAGGUGCAGGACCGAUUCGGGGCGGGUGUAUACUUCAACCCCUUCGUCACGGUCAAUGGCACUUUAAUCAAAUAUGGUGUGGUCAACAUUGAUACCCUGUGCCGGGAUCUGAGCCAGUGGGAUACCUUAUACAUUGCUGGUCGCCUACAGAAGCCAGUCAAGAUCCUGCGCGACCACCCUAAAGUGCGACUAGCAAACCAAAUGAACUUACUGUCUGCGGUUCGCGUGGCCCUUCUGUUGUUGCCCGCAGAGUUCACUGAGUUUCAGCUGUACAGCACCAUUGCUGGAAUCAGUUACAUGGGCGACCUUCGCAUGUCACUGCCGGCAGAGGACCCUCGCAAGGUCAACAACAUCGUUUCCUCACAAAUGGCGAACUUCAGACGGCUCUAUGCCCCACUCAUUGAGAAUCUCCCCAAUGUGACCUUCAAUGACCCUCGGUGUACUCAGGCAGAUUGGAUUGACGACCCGGACACGAAUGUGCGGCUUACUCAGGAUAUGGACCCUGUCAAGCGAGGCAACAUGGUUCGCCGCCUUCCCGACGCCUUCCGCGAGAAGCUGUACUUUCAGUUCCAGUCGCUUUAUCAAAUCCCGCGCGCGGAAUUCAAUAAGAUGAUGAAGGAGAACAAUGACAGUGAUGAGAUUGUGCGCCGGAGGCAGGGUGGUCCAUUCGAGCAGCGCAUUGCCGCCGACCAAGAGCUCCCAAAGGAAGUGCAGGCGGCAAUCAGCAAGACCAUCCGUUGGCCAAGUACCGUCCAGUCCAUCAAGGGCUUGGUGACUUCUGGAUUUGGCAGGACCGUACAUUACCUCUGGGAGAAGGUUGAGAAGUUCCGGAAGUCAGGCAAAAAGAGUGCCUCGUCCGAUGCCCCUUCGGCGAAGACUACUAAGAAAGAGUAAGGAUCGAAUGUCGCGGAUUGUUGCAUCACAAUAUAACCCCCCGGGCUAUCUUGUUUCAAAGCGCGGGUAACGUUUUAUAUAGACACAUCGGGGAUAUGGUUGAAGGCAUAGUGAGGCGUUGGUGAUUGAAUAUGGUUUCGGUUGGGACAUCUGUAUCUAGUAUAUCUUCAAGGUCCCCGAUACCGGAAGAAAGGACGACAUGAAGACGAUGUAUAGAAAACUUGAUGUGCAAUAAAUAUACAGUUAGAG